GGGAGGAUUAGUGGGAGUUUGCUGUGUAAUGGCGGCCUCGGUGUUGCUCUCUGCGGAAAGCACCGUGCCCACUUUCGCUGUCGGUAAUCCCGGCGCGGCAGGAGCCGCCGCCAACGGCUUAUCUGCACCGGGACCCGCGUCUUGGAAUCGGUCGCUGGACCGAGCUCUUGACGAGGCCGCGGCCACCGGGUGCCUGAAUCUCAGCGGCAGGAAGCUGAAGGAGUUUCCGCGGAGCGCCGCCAACCACGACCUAACCGACACGACCCGGGCCGACCUGUCCCGGAACAGGUUGUCGGAGCUACCAGUGGAGGUGUGCAUUUUUGUGUCACUGGAGAAUCUGAAUUUAUACCAGAACUGCCUGCGCUCGCUGCCAGAAAGUUUGAUUAAUCUACAGGCCCUUACAUACCUGAACAUCAGUCGGAACCAGCUGUCUACCCUGCCUGCUCAUGUGUGCAGUCUUCCCCUGAAAGUGCUGAUUGCUUGCAACAAUAAAUUAUUAUCCUUGCCCGAAGAGCUUGGCCAGCUCCGACAGCUUACUGAGCUGGAUGUGAGCUGUAAUGAGAUCCAGACUCUGCCUUCCCAGGUCGGCCAGCUUGAAGCUCUGCGAGACCUGAACAUUCGCCGAAAUCACCUCGUUCGCCUGCCUCCUGAGUUGGCCGAGCUGCCGCUAGUACGUUUGGAUUUUUCCUGUAAUAAAGUGACUUCGAUUCCAGUAUGUUACCGCAACCUCCGCCACCUCCAAAGCAUUGUGCUGGACAACAAUCCCCUUCAGAGUCCCCCUGCACAGAUCUGUAUCAAGGGGAAGAUCCACAUAUUCAAGUAUCUGAACAUGGAGGCAUGUAAAAUAGCUCCAGACCUUCCUGACUAUGACAGGAGGCCCCUUGGCUUUGUUUCUUGUGUGGACGAGCUGUAUCCAGGCCGACCGUACGGAGCUCUGGACUCUGGAUUUAACAGUGUGGACAGCGGAGACAAGCGAUGGUCAGGCAAUGAACCCUCUGAUGAGUUGUCAGACCUUCCACUGAGAGUGGCAGAACUAACCAAAGAGCAAAGACAAAGGAGAGAACGAGAGAGAGAACGAGAUGAGCACAGGACGGGGUCACUCCUGGCCAACGGAACAUUGGAGUCAGAGCUUGAGCAGAUAGACUUUAUUGACAGCUGUACUGGGGAGGAGGACGAAGAGGAGGUGCGAAGCAGAGGAGGAGAACCAGUCAGUCUUAGCUCACAGUUUAUGGCAUACAUUGAAAGACGAAUCACCAGAGAGGGGUCUCCAGUUAAGGCCAAUUACCCUAGAGAUGCAAGAAUCGAUGAUUCAAGACGCCAUGGCUCUUCACACAACCGAAGUGUAAUGGAUACAGUCAGUACAUUGUCAUCCCCUACUCACAGCCAGCGGGCAGUAUCAGGCUCUGGAGUGGGGUUGGAGCGCAUGCGGAGGGAAGCUCAGCUUGCAGCACAGCGGUACGAAGAAGAGAGGCAGAAAGCAAGAACUGCACAGAGAGAUGCUGUAAGAAGUUAUGUUAAGCAUAAGUCAACUCAGAGUCCCACUAAACUCAGUCCUACAGACAGUGAGACCCUGUACCCCUCCAGACGCUCCACUCAUACAGAUGACUCCGCCCUCUUUAUGAGUGAUUUCGAGCCCUUAAUGGUCUUUGAAAUAGACAUAGACACCAACACUAUAAAGAAGAGGCCAGGCCCUUCCAAACAGUCUGUCUCGGGUAAACCAGCGGAUGGGUGCGUCUCUCCAUCCGUAGACAAUGCCCCCUCCUGUUUAUUGCAGCAAGGAGAAGAUCGUGCCUCUCUCUCCCCCACAGCCCUCCAAUCACCUACUUACCCCGGCCCUGCUGCCCCGCCCUCCUGCCGCGGAGCCACUCAGCGUCCCGAGAGUUUCCUUUUCCGUCUCAGCCAAAGAGAGGAGAAAAAACGAGGAGAAUCAAGGGCUGGGAGGCCAGAACCUGAAGAUCUGACUCCCACACAAUCUCCUGCUUCAGGUCCUACAGGAGAGGAAGCUGAACUAGUUGAACAGCUGAGAAAGAAUAUCGAGUCUCGGCUGAAAGUGUCCUUGCCCAGUGACCUCGGGGCAGCCCUGACAGAUGGUGUUGUGCUGUGUCACCUGGCCAAUCAUGUCCGGCCUCGAUCAGUACCCAGCAUCCAUGUGCCCUCACCUGCAGUGCCCAAACUGACGAUGGCAAAGUGUCGGCGGAAUGUGGAGAACUUUUUGGAGGCAUGUCGCAGAAUUGGGGUCCCUCAGGGAUGCCUGUGCUCAGUUGCUGAUGUUUUGGAGGGGGAGGUGCUGCACUUAUACAGGCUUCUCGAAGCUUUGCUUUCUCUGGCACCUCCCCUGCGGCCAUCGCCUCCUUCUCAGCUGGCUGGUUUUGCCCUCUUCUACCUGUCAGUUAUGUCCCUGCUCUGCGUCCUCUACUGCCACCUGGUGCCCCACAUUUAAAUUGCACUUAAUCUGAACAACAUUGUGCAAGUGAUUUAUUAUUUGUGACCAGUUUGUAAAGCACACCUGACCUUGUCAGCUUUUGCGUAUUAAUAUCUGAAUACAUUUAAGAAAUUGCACGAAAUGUACGACGCAGUAUUCUGAAAAGCAGGUUGCAGAACUCAGUGACGAAGCACAACAGAGAGAGGAUGCUACCUCUCAGCCUUAAGAAUGAGGAACAAGCCUGCUUUUGGAUGCUGCCUGCUAGCUAAAUGUGACACACCAGCUGUGCUUACAUAUUUGUACGUUGCCCCAUUGUUUGAAAGAGGGGUUUUUAUAUAGGUCUGUUGCAAGGACAAAUUGGGCUCUUUGUGAGAAGGACAAGGCAAAACCCUUCUUCUUCUUUAUCAUCUUCUUUAUUAAUAAUAAUCAUUGAUUACUUAUUUAUUUAUUUUUAUUCAUUAUUUUUUUGACAAACCUCAAUGCUAGUAAGAACAGAAAGCAGGAAUUAGUAGUGUUUCUGUUGUACCAAACAGUGCAUUGUUUUACCUUAUCAGCUUUUUCUUUUUGUAAUUUAAAAAAUAAAAAAUUUUGGGAAAUGUAUGCUCAUUACCAAUUUAAUGCAGUUAAUUUCAAAGAAGUUGAAACAGGAGCAUAUUUAGUACUGUUGUAUCACCUAAUUGCAGGCCAGUCUACCACCUGCACUCUCUGAAUACACAGCUUGCUGUUGUAAUGUGCAGAAUGUGUCUUAGCGUUAUCAUGUGGAAAUAUGCAUGGAAGUCCCUGAAAAAGAUGUUAUCUAGAAGGCAGCAUGAUGCUCCAAAAUGUGUAUUCAUCUUUGUGCUUAUGGUGCCUUCAGAGAUGUGCAAGUUACUCAUGCUGUAGCCCAGGGCUGCACAACGCUGGUGUCCAGCACAGUUUGGUAUUUCUUCUCCUUAAACAUACCCAGUAACCUGGCAAAUAAGAGGAUUUGAAUCAAGAGUGUUUGAGCAGAUGAAUCACCAGCCCUUCAUGGCCAGAGUUGUGUAAUCCUGCUGUAGCCACUCCUACACCUCCAUACAGUGACUGACCCUGGCUUUUGAAGUUUACACUGGUAGCAGUAUAGAUGGCCCUUUUAUUCAUGGGCCCAAAGAACACAUCUGUUCUUUCCACAGUAUGAAAGGUUGUUUCACAGUAAACGCAUCAAUCUGUUUCCAUUUCUCAAGAUUCCCUGAAUUUCAUAGUAUUAUGCACCCCUAGAGAGUGAAAUGCCUACUUUUUUUUUUUUUUUUUUUUUAAUUACACAAAGUAGUUAGCUUGUACGCAUCCUUGCUCAUAAAGGACUAGGCCUUUCCUGGAUGCUUCUUUUAUACCGAAGCACGAUUGCAUCACAUUAAGAUGUUUUGUGAACAUUUCAUUGUUCCUAGUGUCAACUGCCCCAGUUCCAACUUUUUUGGAAAAUAUUGUCUGCAUCAACUUCUGAAUGAGUGAAUAUUUACUAUAUUUAAUAUUUAUUUAAAAAAAAAACUUGAUAAGGUAAAAUACUAAAUGUCUUGUCUUAGGCUUAUUUAAAACUGUACAAUGGGAAUUCAUGAAUCUCUGCUUUCUGUUUUUUGUUACAUUUCACAUACUAUCCCAACAUUUUGGAAUCGAGGAUUGUAGUUUGUUUUUGGUCACCAAAUCUAAGACUUCCCUCGUCUGUCCCUUUUUGUGCCUUACUGCAUCUGUGUUUGUCUGUAAGUCUCUGGGUUUUUUUUCCUUCGGCAUAUUUCAAGGAAUUCAAGAUGUAAAUAGAAAGCAUUUAACCAUGUAAACAACAUAGCCAUAUGUUUGUUGACCAGAUAAGGUGGUCUCUUUGCUGAACCUAGUGGCCCUCCUCACCACUAAGCUAAACACAGUAUCUGUCUGCAAUAAUUUCUUCCAAAGAGCUGAUUUGCUGAGCUCAUAGAGAAAUACUACUGUCACUUCUGACCUAGCGUGGUGUGUGAUUUACAUAUUGUACAUUUCUUUGCCAUCUAAGCAGAUGAUUAUACAAUCACGGGCCAUAGCUAGACAUCUCUGUACAGCUGUUUUGCCCAGCAGGGUUUCCUAAUCUACUGUACAUGCCAUGCAAGUUCUUAGAGUUGAUACAUUGAGGACUUUUGUAUUCUAUUUUUUGAAGAAGGUCCCAUAAGUAGAAAACCUUCUCAGUGAUGCUGCAAAAUAAAGUAGCUGGUUAGAAGACAGCUUUAGGAAUGCAGGUGAUUACUUUCUGUGAGAAGCGCACAAGAGAAACCGAAUGGUUCAGUAUGUCUGUACUGAUGAUCAGAGAAAGUAUGAUUAGGUAGAGUGCUUGAAACUCCUGUCAGUAUUUCUGUGUUGGUGUGUGUAUUUACCCUGUUGCCUAACUUUCCUAUAACCUUUUUUUUCUAAUGACUCUCUCCCACAACUUUUACAAUAAAAUCACUAAAGUGAAACAAUCUAA